AUGACCGACUCACGCAAACCUCCCGCGAAGGUUGUUCCAGUUCAUCGGGGGAAAACCACAACCAACGCCGUUGCCGAAACGUGUCAGCGAGCCUGGAUCGAAAGUGACAGGCACCGUCAGCCGGAAUCGGAACGGGAACCAUUCCUUACCACCGGCAGCAGUACGGACGGGAGCGAAACGUCCAGCCUGGAGUGCGAACAGUUGUGCACGGGGACGCGUGCUCGCGAAAAGAAAAAACCGCGCAUUUUCGCCAUCGAUCUGGAGCGGGGCGGUGGAAAACGACAAUGUGACGGCAGUACCGGUGAGCUGACACCGUCGGGUUCGGUCGGUUCCACCGGAACGGGAACGAGCGCCGAUAGCCGUACCAGUAACGAGGAUUCUCACAGCGAUGCCAAACUAGUCGAUAAGCUGCAAAAGGUGAACCGACGGAAGCGGAAACAGCCGGAAAGCAGGACCGCCAAGCUGAUCCAGUUGUGUCAGUGCUGUCCUUGGACCGUACCGUGGAGUCUGCUGAUUGUCAGUGCCCUGCAGAUCGCCAUCUUUACCUACGAUAACGAUGCCAUCAACCAGAAACUCAUCUUCUCACCCGUGAAGCAAUAUGAGGUUUGGCGCUUUGUAACGUACACUUUUUUACACAUGGGAACCGUUCAUCUUGUGCUUAACAUCAUCAUACAGAUUCUUGUAGCCUUUCCACUGGAAACGGAACAGGGCCAUGGGAAGGUGCUGUUUGUAUACUUUAUCGGUACGCUGGCCGGUGCUUUAGGUGCUUCCGUGUUUGAGCCUACGCUAAUGGUGGGCGCCUCCGCCGGGGUAUAUUGUUUACUCAUGAGCCACAUACCACAUAUCAUCAUGAACUUUCGCACGCUGUCUUAUCGGUACUAUCGACUUAUUGCCGUGCUGAUGCUGUGCAUUAGCGAUGUCAUGUACUCCAUCCGUCACUGCCUUACCAAAGGGAACCAUCAGCCACGAAUCGGUGUGGCAGCCCACAUCAGUGGUGCUGUUUGUGGACUCUUGAUUGGUUUCGUCGUCUAUCGGUCCAAGGUAGAGCCCGACACGUCCAAAGUCGUCGUAGUGUUUCGGACACUGCGGUACCUGGCGACGGUACUUCUGCUGGCGUGGAUAGGCGUUACCGUGCUCUACAACCUCGACCGAAGUCAUGUGAUUCAAAUCCUCUAG